UCGGGGCUCGUCCUCCCGUCCCUUUAACAUGAACAGGUAGAGAACAUCCUGACGCUACUGUAUGGAUCUGCACUGCCCUCUGCUGGGCGGCAGCCGAACUGUCCAUCACACAGAACAGAUUUUUUACACAAGACGGGCGCAUUCUGAACAUUUCGGCCCCCCACUCAUUAUGCUCCCACCAUCACGUUUCGCGUGAGCAGCCCACUCGCCCUUUUCAUUGGUGGCUUCCGUAAAGCUGGGAUGGGCACAAUUCUGCAGGAGCGAGUGCCACAACAAUGCCAAGAGAGGGUUUCCAUCAGGGAGAGGGAAUGGAAGAAGAAGGCGUCGUGGAGCAACAACAGGCCUAACGUGACCAGCAAUAAAAUGGGAAGGCGGCAGUCACAAAGGAAGCCACUGCAGCACAGUACACAGUACAUGAUCCCAAGUCAAGAAAACAGUAAUGAGAAAAGGCUGCAGCACAGAAGAAAGCACAAGCCUAAGACACCCUCAGUCAAAUGCAAUACUUCUCAACACAGUCCUCAGGGAAGCGCAGAGACAAAGUCCCAUCCACUGUCUCGAGCAGAGGACAGGAUGGAGCCAGAGGUGCAGCAGGCUGCUCAGCACUGCAGCCACAGAGAACACAAGCACACAAGUUCCAGGGAGAGCAGACACACACCAACCUUUCCCUGCUACCGUCUGUCUCCAAACCCAGAAAUGGGGAGCCUGAGUGGCCUUGGAGAAAGCGACAGUGACUCUGACUUGUCUGCGUCAGAGAGACUUCCUGUGUCGCCCUCUGGUCGGGUUCCUCCACAGCUUGAUCUGAGGCCAGAGGUCAUCAAGUUUGAAGACUGCUCCUCUCACAGCCAAAGGCCUAGAGGACGCAGUCGUGCAGGUUUCGAUUUUCCAGACUUCCUCCCUCCACCUUUUAACUCCUGGAGCCUGAGUCAGCUGGCCGUCUUCUACAACAUGGAGGGCCGGGGGGCCCCUCGACCGAGGCCUGUGGUCCCUUUGGAAAGGUACCUGGAGAGGCUGCUGCAGCUGGAGUGGCGCCAGAUUCAGACCUCCCAAGAAGAGAGAGGAAAGUCAGUGCUGUCAGAUGUUGUAUCCAGCUGCCACAGGUCACCUGCUGCAGCUUCGUCACGUCUCAGCUCUCCAAAGUGCAUCCUCCAGUGUCAGCGUGCCUUCCCCCUCACCUUCCUCUCCUCUCUGGCCAGUCACUCCGCCCUGCUCUCCGGCUGUGCCUGCACCCUCUGCCGUAUCCGCUACUCCACCUGCAGCAAGUCGUGCUGCCGCUCAACCCACUGCCACGCCCGUCAGUCCAGACUCAGUCCCAUGCUGGAGCGCAGGGGGCCCGUAACGCUCCCAAAAAGGAGCUACAGCGAGAGCCGAGCGCACUCCUCAGACAGGACCUCUGGAUCCCAAGCUCAAAGGUGCAGCAGCCCUGCAAGGACCAAGAGCCACCUGAGGAGAAUGCAAGCCUCAGGUAACAUCCGCAACCCUGUUCAAGGUGCUAACACAAAGCCUCAUUCCACUGCCAGAGACUCCAGUGUUGGGGCUGGAAGGGACUGUUUGGGAGCAUGGGGGGAUGUGUUUGAGUCCAGGACAGGGGGGUUUAGGAAGAGGAGUGUCUCAGAGCAGAGAAGACGUGGAACACAAAAACAACAAGGUGCAUCAGAGAAAAGACCAAGUGGUUCUGAGUGCAGGAGAGGAGGAGCUGAGCGGGGGAGAACAGCUGAGCUCAAGGAACAGGAAAUAAAACCAGAUGCAGUCACUGCAAUAAUGGACAAUUUACCCGUGUCCAAAAAUGCCCCUAUAAACAGACCAAACAGAGUAAAACAGGUUGAAUUUGUUACAUAACAGCAACUUGAGUAUUAUAAGUGUACUCUGUAAGCCGCAGCUACAGCUGCUGCAUUUUUCCUGUAGUUGAAUAUUUGACAUUAAGUUUAGACAGAUUGGAAAUGUAUUUUUUUUAUUGCUAGAUUAUACUUUGCCAGAUAUCUUUGUUCUCAGAUAAUUCCAGUUACAGCUUUAUUUUUAAACCCAUGCUGUUAUUGCAGUUCAAUAAGCUAAAGCUACAGUGGAUGUUCACAUUGACUCACUGAUCAUAUAUAAAUAAUACAGAUAUGGAUAUUCAAGACUUAUUUUAAAAUCAACCCAGUAAGCCUUUGUAAGCACAGGACAUUAUGUGUAUAUUUGUAUGCAGAGUUUUUCAACACACUACCAGUUUUAGUAGUGAUUCUGUUUUGGUUUGCCAACAAAAAUAACUGUACAAUAAAAAUGAUUAAACUUUUCCAAACAG